AUGGAUCGCCUUCCGUCCAAGCCGGUCCGGCUCGUUCAGCAGCUCUCGCCUAACGAGCGCAAGGUCGCCUUCGCCUCCAUCUGCAUCUUCGGCGCCGUGCUCUCGCUAGAUCGCCUCACUGCGCCCUCGUACCAGACCGUGGCUGCCAGCUCGCUCGAUUCGCACUCGCUUCUGACGCUCGUCGCCGUGGUGCGGUCGAUUGCCGCUGCCGUCGCAGGUCCCACCUCUGCGCAGCUCUGCGAGAUGGGCGGCCUGCUCUGCGCCUACGUCGCUGGCGUCGUCCUCUACGCGGCGGGCUGCCUGGUGAUGGCGUCCGCCCCGGACAUCGCCGUCUUUGCGCUCGGCGGUGCGCUCUACGAGCUUGGCGCAAACGGCCUGAUCGUGGCACAGUCGGUGCUGAUUGCCAGCGCGACGUCGCCGAGGAUUCGCCUCUUCUCCCAGACUCUGCCGCAGCUGUCGUUUGCGGUGCUCGGCUAUCCGAGCGCGAGCAUCUACGCCGCCGUCCUCAAGCGAUGGGGCUGGCGCUCGGGCUUGGGCAUGUUUGCCGCCCUCGGACCGGCCUCGCUGCUCCCGCUGCUGGUGGUCAUGUUCAACGGAAGCAGAAGGACGGUCGAGGACCUCAACAGCGCCGCAUCGCCCACGUUUGACGCCCGCCUUCGACCGGGCUGGAACGGAACUUCAGGCGAUGCCGCGGCGAGAAAGGACGAGGGCGGAGCGGUCAAGCCUGGCGAGCAGCGCCGUCCCAUCGAGCACAUCGUCGCCUUGCUCCGGCGACUGUGGACGCUGCUGCAGCUCGCAGACGCGGUCGGCCUCUUCCUCUUGCUGUGCAGCGUCGCGGCCGUGCUGCUGCCCCUCCUCCUGGCGGCGAGAGAGCCCUCCGGCUGGAGCUCACCGCACAUCCUGCUGCCGCUCGUGCUGGGUCUGGCGAUACUGCUGCCGGCCUUUGCGCUGUGGGAGCGGUGGGGUGCCGUUCGACCCGUGCUGCCGGUGGAUCUGGUCCGGAGUCGCGCCUGGCUGCUGCCUGCGCUAGUCACCGCCCUCUUUUGGGCCGCGCACGCAAUCCAGGGGUCGUACCUGGCCACCUACCUCUACGUCGCGCUGGGCGCAUCCGCUCGGGCGCAGCAGUCGGUGGCGGUCACGUACAGCGUGGCCGACUGCCUCUUUGGCGUCGUGCUCGUCUCUGCGCUGGUGCGCGCCACUGGUCGGCUGUAUCCUUUCCAGGUGCUGGGCUUGGCCGUGGGCGUCGCCGGCAUUGGCCUGAUGCUGGCGCUGCGCACGUCGUCGGACCUGGCUCGGAUCGCGGUGGCUCAGGCGGUCUUGGGUACGGCGGGGUCGCUGGUCGUCGCCCCGUUGCAGGUCAGCGUACAGGUGUCGCUCGACGAGCACCGGCUGGCGACUGCCGUCGGGGCGCUCAACCUCUUCAACGCGCUCGGCAGUGCCGUCGGAUCAGCCGCGGCCGGAAGUAUCUGGAGCGGCGCCCUGCUGCCGCGCCUCUCGAGCCAGGUCGAGCUGACUAGCGACGACGUCCGCAGCGUCUACUCGGAGCCGCUGGCGUGGAUCCAGUCCCAUGCCCUGGGCAGCGCCAAGAGGACGGCCGUGGUGCUGGCGUACAGAGGUACGUGGACGCUGGUCCUGUCGGCUGCUGCUGGUGUCGCCGGCCUCGCGCUGCUCGUCGGCCUCUUCCUCCCCAAUCCGAUCCUCGACAAGGAGAGGCAGGACAGCGGUCCGGUCGAGGGGUGA